UUCAAAACUUCGACCGAGAAGGGUGCGCGCGCUAGCGUCGGGAAACCUUUCAUCGUAGUGAUUUCGCGCCCACGAAACAUUGUCGCGAUCCGGCGAACCGUCGCGUAUGACCGCUGAUGGUGUUUGUUCCAUUGAUAGUGAUUACCCAUCGCGUGAAGUUUCAGCUGCAGUGCUAAACCUAAGUGGCGGUGUGAAUAAUUGUGUGCCCAAUUAUACAAGAUUGCAACACGUGCAGCGUCCGCAAUCGACGCGGCAAAACGGCGGCGUGAGCCGAAUGAAGGUCCGAUAAUGGAAAUGGUUCUGUGUGUUGCCGGUGAUUCAGUGGUGCGCUCAGUGUCGUGCAUUCCGGCCUUACCAUCCACAGUUCUGGUGGCUUUCCACUUUCCCGGCGUUUAGUGUUUUCGGGGCAAAAGGUGUGCGUGUCUGUGCGCGCGUGUGUGUGUGUGUGUGGCCCUCCCUAAUGCAAGAUGGCAACAAUCGCAGCAAACGCAACGAAGCGCAGUCCGGUACGCGAUUCGGAACCGCCACAACGUGCGAUCCCAACGGGUGAAGUGACGGGUGGGAUGGAACCGCUAAUGGUGGGGGUGGGGCCGGGGUUGCCCGAGGGAGCAAACGCCAAAAAGUGCAAUGCCAAAGUGAGCGGUGCGUUCGGUCGAAGAAAAGGCAGUGGCAGUGGGCUCGAGGGGGGCCGCAAUGCCAAACCGUCCGGGUCGGUCCAUGCGCCCUCGGCCCACUCGCUGAUCAACUACCUGUUCUAUCUCAUGUGCAUCACCGCGCUCGGAGCUACCGUGUACUCCAAUCUGCGCCAAACAUACGUAGAGGAUAAAUUAAGUAGUCUAGUUAGUAUCGAAGACCGGCUCAGCCUGCUCGAGGCUCAGGUGAGCGAUGUAUAUAGGAGGAUCACGCUGCGCAAGAUGGAUGCUGCGGCGGCGGCGGCGGCGACGAUGGCGUCCGGUAUCGGCGAACAGGAGGAGGAAAGCAUGUCCGACGUAGUGCGGAAGAUUUCGCAUCAGAUCGCCGAACUGCCGAGGAUGCGACGCGACCUAUCCGCGCUCAAGGUAUCGCGUAAGGAUCGACAGGCCGCUAUACAGCAGAUCGGCAAUGAGUGCAUGUGUCCACCAGGACCUCCCGGACCACCUGGGCCACCCGGCAAAAGAGGGAAGCGUGGUAAAAAAGGAGACCCCGGCGAUCCGGGCGUUGAGGGACCCACCGGUCCUCCCGGUAAAAACGGACUACCGGGAAUCCGUGGGCCGAAAGGAGAUCGAGGACUUAUGGGUCCGAUAGGAUUAGACGGACCGAAAGGCGAACCGGGACGACCGGGUGACAAGGGCUCGAAAGGUGAAGUUGGCACACCCCCGAUAGACGUGUUCCAGACGGUGAAGGGAUUAAAGCGAUCCGUAACGACACUACGCGGUGGCUCGUUAGGUUACGCAGAAAUCGUAGCCGUGAAGGGUGAACCGGGUGAGCCUGGACCACCGGGACCUCCCGGUCCCCCCGGUACAUCCGGCACAAUCGGUCUGGACGGACGUCAAGGACCGCCGGGUGAUCCGGGACUGAAGGGCGAUCCUGGUCCGCCGGGCGAAAAGGGCCCAGUCGGUAAUCCUGGAACUCCCGGACUGCCGGGCGCAAAGGGUGACCGAGGCGAUAAGGGUGAUCGAGGCCUAACGACACACUUCAAGGGUGAUCAAUUCCCUGCCGGUAUAAUUGAAGGUCCACCCGGACCUCCAGGACCUCCUGGCCCACCCGGCGAUAAGGGUGAUCCGGGACCAGAAGGACCUCCAGGACCACAGGGCGAAAAAGGCCCACGAGGCAAACGAGGCAAACGAGGCCCCGGAAAGGAUGAUGAUUACGAUGAAGCGACACUGACGCAGUUCCGUGGUCCCGUUGGACCUCCGGGCCCACCAGGACCACCGGGCCGUGAUGGAACUCCCGGCAACAAAGGCGAGUCGGGUGAGGUGGGAGCACCGGGCUCGUUGGGACCGCGCGGACUGGAUGGAAUGCCCGGUGAACCGGGCAUCGAGGGUCCACCCGGACUGCCAGGCUAUCAGGGACCUCCCGGUGAAAAGGGAGAUCCAGGAGAUAUUGGACCACCUGGCCUUAUGGGUCCGCCUGGAUUACCGGGCCCACCCGGCUAUCCUGGAGUGAAGGGUGAUAAAGGCGAUCGAGGAGAUUCCAAGUUCCGGAAAAUGCGACGGCGACAGGAUCACGAAGGUAUGGCUGACGAACCUUACCGGGAUGUGGUAUAUGGACCACCGGGACCUCCGGGACCGCCAGGACCGCUUGGCCAUACGGGACCACCGGGACCGCGUGGUUACGAUGGCAAGAAGGGUGAUCGAGGAGAGAAGGGACAGAAAGGCGAAUACGGACCGAUGGGUUUACCGGGUCCGAUGGGUAUGCGGGGAGAUUCUGGUCCAGUGGGUCCAGUGGGUAAACCAGGACAUCCGGGACCGCCGGGACUGGAUGGUAUGAAGGGCGCACAGGGCGAAACCGGCAACAAGGGAGAACGAGGCGAUCCGGGACUACCCGGUACGGAUGGCAUUCCCGGCCAGGAAGGUCCUCGGGGGGAAAAGGGUGGUAAAGGCGAUCCGGGUCCAAUUGGAAAGCGUGGCCGUAAGGGAGAUCGUGGCGAUAAGGGUGAUCAGGGCGUCCCUGGGCUGGAUGCACCGUGUCCCUUAGGGAUGGACGGAUUACCACUGCCAGGAUGUGGUUGGCGUGCUCCGAAAGUGUAUCAGGAACCGAUCUUACCAUCACCACCACACAAGGACUAUCUGCCCGACGUGACAGGCACUGAGAACGAAAGUGAAUAUGUAGAGGAAGAGGACGAUGGAGCACCGGAAACUGAGGACUACGAGGAGGAGUACGUAGAGAACGAAAACGGAAACUGAUCGAACGGAAACAGGAAACUGCUCGCCAGUACAUUCUUCCGUGGUGUGAAAAAGAUUUUAAAAAAAGCAUUAAACAUCCCGUGAAUGUGUGUGGAUCCCAAAAUGAUGGACAUGUUUAAUUUUACCAACAAACAAUCAAAAUUUCUCUACCUGUUUUGGCUGCAUUUAUUUUCUUUUGUGUUUUUUGGUCGAUAUCCAUUUUUCCCAUGCAAGUGAUGUGGUUCGACUUUAAUUCUAUUAUUUGCCGUGCGUUGAUUAAUUUAUUUCGAUUGCCCUGUGUGACCGUAUUCCGAUGGGCAUUCUAAAGCUCUGGGCAAGCUCAACACAAAAACCGAUUCCGAUGUGCAAAAAGGCCAAUGUAUGUAAAUGAAACCUGCAAAAACCGAUGGAAGGAUGGAAGCAAAUGGAGGGAAAAAUAAACUUCCAUCUUCCAUUCUUUCCCUUCCUGUGUCAGCGCCAGCGCGAACACGAAACAAAACGUGUGCCUCGAAAUGAUAGAUGUAAAUUAAUUUAAGCUACAACAAUCCGUAUCAGAUUUUUAUUUUCGCUGCAUAAUUUAUGUGUGCACACACACAUACACACGCACACCGACACGUGAGCAUGCCCGGUGUGUUCCGUGAUUGCUCGCGUCUAUGAUUCAUUUGCGUACGUGCGCUACAUUAUAGCAACGUGGCAACGGUUGACAUUCGCCCAUCAGUGAUAAAUAGUAAACGAGGUAGUUUUAAUCAGCUUUUCACUUUCCCCCACCCGAUCGGGAAGGUAAUUUGCCGAAGCUUGUGUUUUAUUUGUGUAUGCCCAGUACAAGUUUGAUGAUCGUUUAAGAUAUCGCAAAUAUUUGCAGUUUGAGGUUUUCGAAAUCGAAAUGAUAUGAUUGUUGUAAGAAAAACGAAAAACGAUUUUCCUAGCAAUGUAAUUUAAGUAUGGAGAUAAAAUUAUGUAAAAAUAAAACAGGGUAAAAUUGCUAUUGCUAUAACGUGUGUCAUAUUCACACCCUUUAUUAAA